AUGACGAUGACGCUGGUGCACCGGGGCUCGUCCGCCUGCCAUGCAGAGGCGUUGCGGCUUCUUGUCACGGCGGUCUUUCCGAGUGCAUCCAUCGCCUUUGCGACCGCGCACUCGUCGCAGACGCCCGUGGGAGGGGCGAUGACGGAGGACGCGCUCUUCGCUCGACUGCAUAAUAGGCUUCGGCAGUUUGAACCAGCCCCACACGUCGCGAAAGGGCAUUAUGACGAGCAAAAAUUGCUGCUGAAUGGGUUUCCGGUGCCAGCACACAGUGCCUAUCUACAGGCAAGGCAUGGUCCCGCCUCCGCACCGUGUUCCCCUGCGCUCGCAGAGGUGUGGCGCCGACUGUACCGCAGGUGGCCUCCACAGCUCAUUGCGGGCCGUCAGCUGUGGCGCUGCGACUCGGAAGGCGACUCCUCGCCGGGGAUGCCGUGCUGGACGCCCCACGCCGUGGUUUACGUCGGCGGCUUUGAGGCUCCCGACCUCCGCCAGGUCGUGGCGCCGCAGGUCUUCGCGCAGGUGCCGCCCUUUUCCCGCGACACGGAGGUAGAUCAAACGGUGGGGGGCGAAACGUUUGACUAUCAGCGGCAGCGGGUCCCGAAGUUUGCCGCAAGGGUCGUAGAUAGCGCUUUUUUGCUGCGGGAAAAGGGCUGCGCCAUACACGACCCUGACCUGCUGGAGAUUGCGCUGCCGGUGACGUUCACCUGCCGCAGGACCCCCACAAGAGUCACCCGCAGCGCCACACGGCGUGUCCGCACGUUUAUUUCCUUUGCUGGAGCUGAACCGAAUCUGCGUGCGCUGCAGUUGGCGGUGGAUCCGAUGCAGCGAAGGGCGCUGCGUCCCGCCUUUGGGUACUCGAUGGCGGCGUUGAAGUUCGCUCUUCCUCCACCGCUGGUGGGCGCCACGCGCCUUCUUCGAGCGUGGAAUGCGUCCUGGUCGUCCACCCCGCUCAGUGCCGCAUUUUGGCUCUCCGCAGUGGGGCACGCGGUGGAGCGACGCUUGCCUGGCGACGCCGCGCUGCGGCACCUGCUUCUCGACGCCACUGACUGUGGACUGGCGGAGGCGUCAAAGUCGCUUGCCUGCCUCACCGCCUCGCUUGUUGACAGCAGCCCCCAGGAGUGCUGGAGCAAUUUCUUUUUGCCGGUGGAGCAGUUCGAGGCGGAGCGCGGCGUGCGGGAACUGAUGGACACCGUCCACCUCCUGCCGGUCGCCCAACUGCAAUAA